AUGCUUCAUCGACGGGUCCAUUUUAAAUCCCAGUCCACUUUGGACUUUGACAGUAUUGCUGUUAGUAUUUCAGCGAGCACCAUGAAAAACGAGCUUGACAAACUUGUACAUAAUUCCAAGGUGACUGAUCGACGGAUAUUCAAACUUCAGAUGGAAAACUUUUUUGCUCUGUAUCGGAGGUAUUUAUUGCAUACAGUUAAAGGAUAUGAGUGUGAUUGGGAUUCGAUUCGGCCUUUGGGGCCCCAGGAUGUCACGGAUUACAUGAGUUUACUUCCUUGUGAACAAGGAUCAAAGUAUUUGGACCGGGUAGCAGUUCUAAAACUAAAUGGUGGAAUGGGGAAUAACAUGGGUAUAAAUAAGCCGAAAGCAUUAAUUGAGCUUCAUGACAGUCAGACGUUUCUUGACUUGAGUAUCCAACAAAUUGAAUACCUUAAUAAACGAUACGAGGUGGCGGUUCCUUUUUUAUUAAUGAAUUCUUGUGAUACAAAUGAUGAGACAUGUAAAAGUCUUCGAAAAUAUACUGGCUACAACCUUGACAUAUCUACCUUUGAGCAGUCGCGGUAUCCUCGCGUUUCCGUGGGUUCUCAGCUUCCAGUUCCAAAAAUUGCUCCUUCUCCCAUUGAGGAAUGGUAUCCACCUGGACAUGGGGAUGUUUUUGAGGCCCUCGUCCACUCGGGAAUUAUAGACCGUUUGCUCGCACAAGGAAAAGACUAUUUAUUCGUGAGCAACAUCGAUAAUUUGGGUGCAUCUGUCGAUCUCAGACUUCUUUCACACGUUAUAGAAAACGAAAUAGAGUACGCGAUGGAGGUUACUGAUAAAACCAAAGCGGAUGUCAAGGUUGGUAUCCUUGUUAACCAGGAUGGCAUUUUACGAUUGUUAGAACGAAAUCAAGUUCCAGAAAAGCACCAGGAAGAAUUUACUUCAGAUCGAGUUUUCAAAUCUAUCAAUACGAACAAUGUUUGGCUUUAUUUGCCAGCUGUUAAACGAGUAGUUGAAAAUCGAGAACUCAAUUUGGAUAUAAUGCCGAACAUCAAAACCAUCAACCGUAAUGAUGAAUCAACUAGGGUAAUCGAGUUUACAACUUCUAUUGGUUCCGCCAUUAGUCAAUUCAAAAAAACCGAGGGAAUAAAAGUUAACCGUCAAAGAUUUAUUUCCGUAAAGAAGUCUGCGGAUUUGCUCCUUGUACGUGGUGAUUUGUAUUCCAUUGAUCAUGGAUCUUUAAAAAUCGAUGAAUCUAAGGUUGGGUUUUCUCCUCCAGUUGUCAACUUAACUAAUGAGUUUACUGACGAAGCAGAAUUGUUUCGUCGAAUACCGCACAUGCCCAGUAUUAAAGAUUUAACUUCGCUGUCGAUUUCUGGUAAUGUUUAUUUUGGAAAAAAUGUUGUUUUGAAAGGCAAUAUUGUUAUCGUAGCAUCACCAAAUGCGACGCUGCAUAUCCCACCUAACGCUGUUUUAGAAAACUGUGUAGUAUCUGGGAACUGUAAAAUAAUGGACCACUAA